AUGGUUGUUGUACUCAUCAAGGCAGUCUUCUUUUUCCAAAUAUGUCUUAUUUUCGCUAAUUUGACCGCGCCUUCUCCAGAAGACGCAGAUUGUGGGCUGAACUUCACUUCAUCUCCAUACAAACCAAGCGGUGAAUGCAUUGCUAUUGAUCAAGAAAUCAUCCAUGAAUGGGACAGUUUCCCCACCACAAGAUGCUGCCAAAAUGCCCUCAACUUCUUCACACAGGCAUUAGCCAAGCAAGCAAUUCAGAAAGGGAACCUCUUCCUCCAUAAAGAUCAAUGGGGACGUUGUGCCUCUGGAUCCUUUGAGCACCAGCCCUCUGUUUCCAUCGAUAAAUGUGGACUUAAUUCCCUCUAUCAACAAAGCAGCCAAUGUUCUACCCUUUCUUUGACAAGUAUUUUGCAGGAUCACAAUUUUAAGGAUGUCAGGGAUAACUGUUCAAGUUUCACUUCCUCCAACUUCGACCAUGCUUGCAAGGAUUGCACAAGUGCCAUCAAGUCUGCCAGGGAUCAUUUGCUCCAUCAGUUUAAUGCAAAUGAUAAUGAAACAGAGAGAGCUAUUUGUAUUGUGGCUGUUGUUAUUUCAGUUACUACCACAAAAUUAAACGAUCCCUCUUUAAUCGACGAUUUCUUCAGAUAUAAGUCAAGUGAAGAUUACAUUAAAAUCAAAUAUUCUUUGGCGAAAGCAUUAGUUGCAAUUGUUUUAGCAAUAUUUGUGAUGAUGAUGGCGAUCUUUCUUGUUAAAUAUGUAACAAGAAAUGCUAGGGCUGGACGAAAGCUUCUUCUUUCAAAGCCAAAGAUGUUUGCUUCUUGUCCAGGGCUAUAUACUUUCUCAAAAGCUGAGAUUGAGAACGCGAUAAAUAAUAUAGAUGAGAAGAAAUUCCUGGGACGCGGUAGUGCAGGGCAAGUUUUCAAAGGGGUUCUUCCCAGUGGACAAGUAGUUGCUAUCAAGCAGAUAUAUAGAAGUAACACAUCCGAUUCCUUCAGUAGAGAACUCGAGAAUCUUUCCAGAGUCAGACAUCCUAAUCUUGUUUGCCUCUUUGGGUGUUGCAUUGAAGACGGUGAACAAUAUUUAGUCUACGAGUAUUGCUCUGCUGGAAAUCUAGCUCAACAUCUUCUGAGGAAAGAGAGGGUCUUAAGUUGGGAACAAAGGGUAAAAAUCUUAAGAGAUUGUGCACUUGCAUUGAGGUAUCUCCACAGCUACAUAGAUGGAUUCAUUGUUCAUAGAGAUAUUAAGCUUACAAAUAUCCUUUUAACAGAGGAUUUGGAAGCAAAGCUAUCAGAUUUUGGGCUGGCAAAGAUGUUGGGAAUGGAAGAGAGCAAAGUGUUCACAGAUGUACGAGGGACGAUAGGUUAUAUGGAUCCAGAAUAUAUGAGUAACGCGAAGUUGACCUGUGCAAGUGACGUGUACAGCUUUGGUAUAGUAGCUUUACAGGUUCUUUCUGGUCAGAAAGUGAUUGAACUUGAUUUGGAUGCCAGAGACCAACUAACAAGAAAAGCAAAGGAUGUGAGCAUGGGUAAACGUGAACUAAAAGACUUUGAGGACCCGCAACUAAAAGGUGAAGUAAACAGUGUGGAUUUCGAGUCCAUACUUCAAAUUGCAGUGCUCUGUGUUGCCAAAUCAAGUAAAGGCCGUCCAACUAUAGAGGUUGUUGUUGAGGAGAUGGAGAAAGUCUUGAAAAACACAUUGUCUGAUAAGAAAGCCGCGGAGCAAAGUGCAUUACCCGUAUUAAGGAGAUCACAUUCAGUUGGUCAUGUCAUUCCUCUAGCAAAGCUGCUUCCUGUUUGUGAAACCACAUUUUGGUUCUUGAGAACAUUUGUGAUUUGUUGCAUUAUGGUGGUAACUACCAAUAUUCUAUUAGAUGAAGAUUUUACUCCUAGGCUCUCUGAUUAUGGCCUUGCCAAGCUUGCAGGUGGAGGGAAUAAGUCACAUAUAUCACCGAGGGUAAUGGGAACGUAUGGUUACUGUGCUCCAGAGUACGAAAGAUCUGGUGAACUCUCUUUCAAGUCAGACGUAUAUAGUUUUGGAGUUGUUUUACUUGAAAUUAUUACAGGGCGCCGUGCAGUGGAUACUACAAGGCCCACAGAGGAGCAAAACUUAGUUGCUUGGGCACAACCGAUUUUCAGAAAUCCGAAAAGGUUCAGAGAAAUGGCGGAUCCACUUCUCAAGAACAAGUUUCCUGAGAGAAGUUUGAAUCAAGCAGUUGGAGUUGCAGCCAUGUGUCUACAAGAAGAGCCAUCAGUCCGUCCUUUAAUCAGUGAUGUCGUAGCUGCUCUUACUAACCUCAACGUGGAUGAACCGAUUCCUGAAUCUCCACCGUCUCCUGAGAAAGACAACAAUACAGAUACAGAUGAAUACGAGCUGAAGAGUUCAGAUAACGAAGCCUUACCAAAUAAGAAUGAGGAUGAGAGCAGUGAGAAUGAUGAACAAAAUGUUCAUUACAAUCAACAAAAUGUUUUCGACAGUUAUGAGGAUGAUGGAGCAAGUUCUGAUUACGGAUAUGGAAGUACAUCAGGAUCUUCAGAGAAUGAGAAAGAAGACAUCAGUCUUGAACCUGGAGAAGGAAUGCCAACAAAAUCUGUCAAAUGGAGUUCGGAAUCAAGAUGUAAAAGCAAGAUAAAGUCAUCCUCUCGAACCAUAAACUCAACCUCAAGACGUAAAAGCAAGGUAAAACGCUCUGCAAGUAUCAUCUCAAACGACGAUACUGAAAAGGAGGACACAUUCAAUUUAAAAGACAAUAACAAUCAUAAACAACAAAACAACGUAAAGUCCAAGACUGUAAGUUUUAGUGGUUUUUCGAGUCAGAGCAGCGAUGAUGCAGAAUCAGACGGUGAAAAUAAUAUUGGUUCAAAUCAGUCAAGACAUGUACAAUUUAGAUCAUGAAACCAUACAUCAAGAUACAUGG